AAAAAAUGGUGGUGCUCAAAGGAAUUCCCGUAAUUUUGUCGCCUGAACUUCUGUAUGCUUUGGCGCAAAUGGGCCAUGGGGAUGAAAUAGUUCUAGCUGAUGCUAAUUUCCCAUCAAGUUCAGUAUGUGCUGCUGGGCCACGAGAAAUACGGGCAGAUGGUCACGGUAUACCAGAACUGUUAGAGGCGAUAUUACAACUAUUACCGCUCGAUGCUUUUGUGGAAUCACCGGCCAUGGUGAUGGAACUUGUAGAGAAGCACAAGGAGGAAAAACUACCGACUCCUGUCUGGGACAAAUAUCAAUGUCUUCUAGAUGCUUCAGAAGAACAAAAAGUCAGUAUCGAGAAGAUUGAAAGAUUUGCGUUCUAUGAAAGAGCCAAGAAAGCUUUCGCUGUCGUGGCAACAGGGGAGAAGGCACUCUACGGAAACCUCAUCUUGAAGAAAGGAGUGAUAUCCUCCGGUCAGUGAUUCCUUAACCUUUACACUUGGGGACUAUUUAAUGACAGAGUCGAUACCUCUUGUGGUGGUUUGUGGCAUGUCACAUUAGCUUGUAGGACAAGCUGUAAGUAAUCCACGACCGGGUCCGUAGAGAUAUGAAUUUGAUAUACAAUGCAGAUUCGUUACAAAAUCAAAAGAUCAGGAUAGAACUACAUACAAUUGGUGUUUAAAGGGGCCAUACACCUUGGAACUAUUCAGUUAUUCAUAUUCAUAUUAUUAUUAUUAUUAUUAUUAUUAUUAUUAUUAUU